AUGGUAGGGACAGUUUGGUUGGUCGCUCUUUUCGGCAUAUUUUCAGCGGCUUACUCUGCAAAUUACAAAUGCCAAGGUGUUGCUCGAUACGGGCUAACGUUUUAUGGCAUGUGGAGCAACAUGACGCAUCCAAAUGCUUUUCCUUUUCCUUCGGGCCAUUUUUCGCCUCUGGUCGGCGCCUCGCACGAAUCUGCCUACUCUUUGUGGAUGUCGGGUAUGAAAGCUUCUCAAGGAGUGAAAAAUGUUGCUGAAAUGGGUAAGUUUCUCGCUAUGUUCUGCUCAAUUUUGAGACGAACGAAAUUGAAUUCAAAAAGAAGAAACUUUAAGAGGUCGGUAAACUGAAUUCAAAAUUUUCACUGAACAGUAGUCCGGACUCUUAUAGAAGGGCUCGCUUGUUUCAUGACUGGUCACAGUACCCUGCGUGCUUGCGUCAACUCCUCUCUUUCUACUACUGUAGGGGUUUUAGACGUCACAGUGGUUGCGGCAACGAGAACUUCAAAAAAGCAAUAGUUUAGAUGGGCAAAACAACAACUUUGCACGUGCGUCACACUUUUGUAUGGAAUGCCGUUUGUAUCAAAAAUACUUCUUACCAUAUGUAAACCUUUACAUUAAAUAUAUAAAACAUUUUGCUUUAUGAAUAAAACUUCUUAAUUUUAGUAUUAAGGUUAUAGUGCACAAUUAAAACUUGUUACAAAAUAUAUAAAACUUGUUGAAAAAUAUAAAACUUUUCACGAUAUAUAAAACUUGUUCAAUAUAAUAAAACUUGUCACGCAAUCCUGAAAGGUGCAGGGGCGGUUGCUUGGCAAAGGGUUGGUUCGCAGUCUCUUUUUUAGUCCUCCAUCAUGGCGGAUGAUUUUACAUGCAUUUUGCGCGAUGAAUUCGAACGAUUUAUUGAAGAACUUCGAUACGAAGAGUUGAGGCAAAGUAUUUUUACUGAAGAAUUAGAAGUUGCAGAACGAUUACUUGCCCUUAGCUUGCCCUUUCAGAAAGGAUUUGCCGCGAAUUUGUGUUUUUCCUUCGCAUCUUUGAGUCUCUGAACUGCGAUAUCAAUGAGGACAUAACUGAGCUGAUCAAACAACUCCUUAAAUUGUGCGAAGGUCUAACUAGAGAGCGCGUAAAUUGGCUUGAGGAAGGCCGUGAUGACAAUAGUUUUCGAUGCCCACCCGAACCCGUCGACGAAGGCAAUGCAAGGUCAAGAGGAAGGCCGCGGUAAACACAAAUUCGUGGCAAAUCCUUUCUGAAAGGGCAAGUAACCGAUCCGCAACUUCUAAUUUUUCUGUAAAAAUACUUUGCCUCAACUCUUCGAAGGGAAGUUCUUAAAUAAUCGCUUGAAUUUAUCGCACAAAAUGGAUGUAAUAUCAUCCGCCAUGAUGGACUCCCUUUUAUGUUCCUCUCCCCUCAUUACGGAUAGUUUUCUUUAAUUUGUCCCUGGGGAAAGAAAGCCCUUACAGUUUCCCUGAAUUCAACCCGCUUGAUACAGACACCCAUUAAUGCUGACAACGGACUGUAAUAAAGAGAAAAAGUUGUUACGUCACGUUGCCAUGGUAGCAAAAUUUUUGGAUGACAACAAACCGAAAAUUCACUUAAAGAGUAAAUUCGCACUGUUUCAAACUUCAUCGAUCUAAUUCAAAUUUCAUUUAAUUUGUCAAAUGUUGGCGAAAUUUUCUAGAUUUAAUCCGAAAGGACCGUAUGUGAGUUUAGAAAAAGAAAAAGAAACUUUUUGCGUUGUGUUCGCCUACUCCGUAAAGCGGGCGCGAGAAAUUAGGAGGUUGUCUCAGAUGUGCAACGUCGACUGCUAAGAAAUGUACCAAAAAGGCGUGAUGCACGUUCAAAGUUGUUGUUUUGCUAAUCUAAACUUAUCGGGUUUCUUUGGCGUUCUCGUUACUGUCGCUGUCAUCGUUGCUUAAUCUCGGCCUUACUGUUGUCAUCCAGAAAUUUGCAAUUGGCUACCAUGGUAACUUGACGACACACUUUUCCUCUCUCUUGAAGGUAAAAAAUCAUUCAGUUGCUAGCAUGUCGAUAAGUGUUCCCGUGGACUUAAGCCCCGUGAAGACAGCAAAGUAAAAGUUAGAGAAGUUUAAUUUGACGAUGCUUAUGUCCUCUUUUAUUUCCUAGUAAAACUUAUGGUUUUUUCAGUUAACUUUAAUAACAUGACGAGGGUGAUACCGACAGUUUCUGAGACCCCUCCACUGUCUGUAUUAACGGCCUUUGGUUGGAGUACUGUUUUUAUAAUUUGGGAACAGGAAAAAAAACACAACUAAGGAAAUGAGUGGAAAGUGGUUCAGCCGGCACUUGAACCCAGUACAUUUAAGAAAAUUUCCUGAAUCUGUACACCGUCUUCAAAACGUCUUCACCGAGAUAGCAUUAGCUGCUUAGGACAAGCUGCAACCCACGCUGAUUAAGGCAUUUUCAAAAGGGAGCCAGCUUAAAUAGCCUGAAAGAUCAACCGCCUUUUCAUCGCCUUAAAGCAUCAAUAUGGCUGCCGCGAUGAAACACUCAAUUUUGAAAUGAUAUCAAAGAAGUCAAAGCCUGUUUAUCCUCGCAUUGCGCAUCCUCUUGAUGCCGAGAAUAUGGAAUGCUAUAUUUUGGGAGAUAUAAACUGUAAUGUGGGUUCGUCCACUUAGGAUCACAAAACAACGCGCAUCACUGAGCUCUAAAUCAGCUAAUUAGUGAACCAACUCGAUCACUAAUGAACAUUAGAUAAAAUAACUUUAAAGCAUGUUUCAGUUUUCUAUGAGUUUACCGGCACAAUAAACCAUACGUUUUUAACCAAUCAGAAGGCGCGUACUAUCUUAGUUAUUUUGUAAAAAUCAAUAAACGGUCUUGCUCCAGAUUACUUGAUUAACCUUUUUACUCAGACCGUGAUAGUGUCACCUCAUAUUCGCUAAGAGACACUGACAGCAAACUGGCUCCGAUUCCUCAGCCCCACACAAACUACCUAAAAAAGAGUUAUUGAUAGCUAUAGGGAUGCAGUGCUGUGGAAUAGCCUCCCAAUCGAGUUGCGGCGGGCAGAUACUCUGCAAAGUUUUAAAGCGGGUCACGUUUGCAAAUUUUUAUCUCAUAGUCCGGAGUUUUUUUUUAGUUACGCAUUUAACCUAGCUUCCUGCCUACCAAUUCUCAUUUUUUCAUGCCAUUUUUAAUAAGGUGACUCAACCGUGCUGGAGCAAGAAAUAAUGCAACGCAUCACGUCUACCAAGACAGCAUGGAAACAGAUCAAGUCCGGUAAUAUGGCAAUAAACGGCACGGAAAGCGUGAUGAACAUCGAAGUCGAGGUCACAAAGGACUUUCCUUAUGUGUCUCUCGUAACCAUGCUCGUUCCAUCUCCCGAUUGGUUCACCGGGAUCAUGAAAGUAUCUCUUUGUGAUGCUUCGAGUGGAACGUGGAUGGACAGUUGGACAAUUGAUGAUCUACAACCCUGGGAUGCCGGCACCGACAACGGGACAACUUUCAUGGCUGCGAAUAAUCCGACUAUGCCCCCCGGUUAUAUCAGCAUCAUCACUACAACUGCACCGCCAACAGAUUUUAUGAAUCUUUCCUCGUCAGCAAUACCAACACUGGGUAAGAUGAUGUUGGUGAGACAAAACAAACCAACCAUGAAUCAAUGCAGUGGCAUGUACUACUACACAGUCAAGUUUGAAGCCAAGUGGUCACAGGCUACCCACCCCAAAGGAUUCCCAAGCAGUGCCCACUUUUCUCCUCUUGUCAUUGCUACACACUCGUACAAAUACAAAAUGUGGAGUGAUAUGACCAGAGCUUCACCGGGUGUCGAAGAAGUUGCAGAAAUAGGUGGGUCAAUUUUUUCCAUUACUUACAAGGGAGAAUAAUAAGAUAACGAAGGAAAACGCCUUUUCUAACACCCCUGUUAUAGAUAUGUGAAUUUCACCAAAGUUAUUUUUAGUCCAAUAAAACGCUUGAAAUUUACCGGAAGUUGGUUUUCGGAGAGGUCAGCAAACGUUUAUUCAGCGUUGUCAAUCGUCAUUACAAUAUUGUAAAUUAUUUUCUUUGAGCCAGUCGCGCGUAUCCUGGCUCCACAGGUCCGUUCUCGCGAGAAAUACCUAAGAUGAAGAAUCGAUCGUAAUCAAGUCACGCGUGGACUUGAUUACGUUUCAAACAAUCGAUUAAAAUGUGCGUACGUCUCAGGAAUUAGAAAAAUUGGCAAUUCCCAUAUCCUGGCCAACGCCCUAACAUUCACUCUCCGGAGUUUCAUUAUAAUUUCGUAUUACGAGUUAAACUUUUCUCGGGAUUACACUGAUCGGGGUAUGCGGAGGAGAAAAAAUAUACCGUGUAAAUUAGACAAACUUAAGCCCCUAGAGUAAUAAAGUUAAUUUUACGCGGUUGCACUGAUUAAGGAUUGCAAACCUCGAAUUCACCCUUGUACUUUGUUUUUGUCUCACUUACAAAUAAUAAAUUUGCUUUUAUUUUCCAUUAACAGGAGCGGAAGGAACAUUGUAUAACGAAGUUGAUAAGAUGAAAAAGUCCGGUUUUGUCUCCAAUGUCUAUAAAACCGGGACGAUAAGCACCCCAGGUGGUUACACGAGCACAAAAAUCAUGGUACAAAACAUGUACUCCAUGGUCUCUCUAAUCACCAUGAUCGCACCUUCACCUGAUUGGUUCGUUGGAGUUGACAGCUAUGAUCUCUGUGGAACGAAUGGAUGGAAAGAAAAGGUGACGAUGGACCUGCUCCCGUGGGAUGCUGGGACGGAGAAUGGACAAACCUACAAAUUAAAUAACAUGGCGACUGACCCUGUUGACGUCAUCAUGCGUAUCACCCCAAAUAGUAAUUCCGAUAUAGGCGCACAUGCCAAUGUAACCUUUGCUACAGUCACUUUCACGCGCGAAGAAAUGACAACGACACAAGCAACAACUACAGCUAGUGCCCCAGGCUUGUCGGCCGGCCUUUUUGCCAUCCUGUCCGUCUCGUUGCUUGCAAUCAUGGGCGUGCUGUACUAG